GAGAUGACGGAGCUGCAGCCGCUGCACACGGCCAUCCAGACGCCGCAGAAGGCCAAGGAUGGCUUCCCGUUCUCCACCACGCCCAAGUCCUCUGACAGCUCUGUGAAGCCGGAGCCACAGUCGAAUGACGUCAAGCUGGUCAAACAGGAGAAGCUGCAAAGUUCACAUUAUGGCUCCGAGGACUCAAAAAGUACCAUCCCCGCGGUGAAGAAAGAGGAGAAAGAGGGCAAGUCACUGACUUCCCCGAAGACCUCGAGCCUGGGCAGGAAGCAGGCCACCAAGGAGGACGCCCCAGUCACUGUCUCCCAUGAGGACGCCUCCUGCCUGUUGGCUCCUCCCCCGGCCCCGCUCUCGCCCACAUCGCCCCUACCGCUGGCGGCGGCGUUAUCGCCCCUGUCCUCACC